AUGACGAAAGACACUAGAUCUUUUACCACAACCAACACGACGAUAACAAAAAACAGUAAUAAUAACAGUAACGGCACUAGUAAUCUUACUGGUGCAGAUACUCUCCUCGUCUCCUCCGCCACAUCUAUUGUUGCUACCGCUGUUAUUAUCAAUUCUGUUGAUAAUACUCGACAACAACAAACAACUUCCGAACAAAAUAUGAAACCGACCCAAUUUGUAUUACAUAUACCGCCUACACACACUACAAUAACAACCUCCUAUCAUCAUCAAGAAUUCCAACACAAUUAUAAUCAUACUUCACCUCAGCAACAACAAGCUCAAGUUUCAGGGCAAGAACAAGAGCAAAACCAUAAUCAUCAGCAGCAAUCAUUGGAAUCAUCGCAACAAAUAUCAUCGGAUAAUACACCGACUAAAAUAAUACCAGUACGGGAACAAAAAGCAAGAUCUUUCUUAAAAAAUACAAAUAGAAACAGUAAAACUCAUAAUGCUCAUAAUCGCAAUUCUAUCCCAUUGGAGAAACAACAACAGCAGCAGCGGCAGGAACAUAGCCGUUCCGAACAAUUAUAUCAAAAAGAAUUGCAACGUCAGCAACAACAACAAUUAGUAUCAAAAGAAAAAGAUCAACAACGCAAACCAACAUUAUCAAAAGCAUCUUCGGAAUCACAUAUUUCACAAAAGAUUAUUGAAACAGAUCUUCAAAGUCCUGUGCAACCGCCAGAUCCACAUCUACAACAAAAUCCCCCCCCUCAACAUCAACAGGUUCCACCGCAGCAAGCUCCAAAUUUUCCCUCUCCAAACUUGUACAGAAUUUCAUUACAACUAACCACAGAAUUAGAUAUUCGAAAAUGGUGGGACAAUGUAAUUGAGACUUUUGUUACUUCUUAUCAUGCAUCACGAAUUUUAUUAUCCGUACCCCAUGAUCUUACAGACACUAUAAACACUCCUUGGGGUGUAAAGGCAAUAUAUAAUCGAGAUAACUGUCAUAGUAAUGGUGGAGGGAAUGCUGGCCAUUCGGAUAAUGUCACGGACUCUACUUCAAAUUCAUCAAAUGAUCAUGGUCAUUUGGUAUUUGAUAAGUUAAAAUCGUUUGAAUGCGAUGUUGAACCAUUAUUGGACAAUAAAGGCAUCCUAAGGAUCUUGCAGCGGGGGAAAAUUAUUGUGGUAUCUAGAGAAUAUCAGCAACCGGAAGAAGAAAAACUUUGGAAUUCAACAAAUUCCCCCCAGAAACAGCAAGAAGAGGAAAUGGUCGCAGCAUUUCCAGUAAGUAGGGGACCUAAUAGCAGUAGAGGACUUAAUGGCAGUCGAGGGACUAAUUGUGAUAGAGGCGGAGGGACAGCUUCUAUAAUCUCAAACUCGAUAUCCUCAUCGUUGCCUCGAGUGCUAGACACGCCAUGUCUGGUUGAUUUAGAAGAGGGUCAUAAUAGCUAUUUUUUGUAUGAAAGAAAUAUGCAUCAUUUAAAAAAUCAUCAUAAUUAUCCUCAUCAUGUGGAACCGCGUCAACAUUGUGACUAUGAGGAAUUUGAACAACAGCAACCCUCACCUUGGUCACAAUCACCUGCUCCUUCACCGGUUGUUACCGAUCCAAACAUUAAUCCAUUUUUUCAAUCAAUGCCCGUGAUAGAUGACGAAGCAUUCAAUCCUUCAUCCGCUUCCCCAUUAACACAUCCCUCCCCGAAUUUCACUUACCCGGUAGGCACAAACAAUAAUGUCUACUCCAUUGUACAUAUUCCUCUAAUACAUCCAACCACCGCAAAAAAUGUUGCACCCACAAAUGCACUACAUUCUCCGGUUCCAAUUGCGAUUCUCUCGUUUCUUUCAGGUGUUGUUCCGUACCCAUCAAAUCUUAUACGUUCAUUGCACGCACUUUCACCUUACCUCGCUACCACAUUCUCAAUGGCCACGAUACAUCAACAAACUCUCAGAGAACUAACCUUACGUGCCUCGUAUCCACGCGUCGGAAGAAAACAGCAUCGUCAUAGCAAUAGUAUGAAUCAUAAUCAACAAACACAUUCAUUAGAUCGAAUUGAAUACAUAGACAGCGCAUCAUCUGAUGAGUAUUCUACGACUUCCUCCUCCUCUUCACGUUGGGAAUACGCCACUGUAUUUUCAACACGUUUCGGUCAAAGCCCCGGAACCGAUAAAGAAGAUCCCUUUGGUCAAGAGCCACCUUUAGACAAUAUAUCAUCAAAAGCUGCUGCAACCUCCUCUUCAUCCAAAGAAAGGAAACCUCGAAAUCAAGACUUGGUUGUACCAAACACAAAAUUGCUUCGAUUAAUACUUGAUGUAAUGCCAAAUGCUGUAUAUACGUGUUCUCGAAUAAAUGGGGACUGUACUUGGGUGAAUAAUCGUAUGAUUCAAUAUUGUGGCAAUCGAAUUGAAGAUAUGUUGGGUUAUGGAUGGUUUGAUACCGUACAUCCGGAUGAUAAAACGCGUGUCUGGGAAAUGUGGACUACAGCGUUUUCACGAGGUGAAGGUUUUAGUGCACAAUAUAGAAUUCGUAGAUUCGAUGGACAUUAUCGUUGGUUCUUGGGACGUGCUGGACCUUUGAGAGAUGCAAGAGGUGUCGUGAUACAUUGGUUUGGGACUUGCACUGACGUUCAUGAUCAAAAACAAGCUGAAGAACAACAAGCCCGCCAACUGCAUGUCGAAGCAAAUGAAAAGAAAUAUCGACAAUUGGCUGAAGCAAUACCACAAAUUGUGUUUACUGCAACGCCUAGAGACGGGAUAACUUAUGUAAACGAGAAAUGGACUACAUACUCUGGACUGACGUUUGAACAAUCACAAAAUCUAGGAUUCUUAUCUCAUGUCCACCCCGAUGAUCGAAGCAAAUGUUUACUACCGGAUGUUGAAUCAGAUGAUGAUAGUCAUGGGGAAGUGAGACAUCAAGAAGAAGUGAGAUUAAUGAGUUCUGAUGGGACAUUUAAAUGGUUCUUGGUUAAAUGUAUAAGUAUUGAAUCUUCCGAACAAGGCAGAAAAUGGUUUGGCACUUGCACCGAUAUCAAUGAUCAUAAACUACUGGAACAUAAAUUAAAAGAAGCACAUGAUGCAGCUCAAAAAUCGACCGAAAGCAAAACACGCUUCUUAUCCAACAUGUCGCAUGAAAUAAGAACUCCAUUAAUUGGUAUCACUGGGAUGAUCAAUUUCAUGUUAGACACUCCUUUGACGGUCGAACAACUUGAUUACGCACACACAAUACAGCAGUCUGCUGAUGCUCUAUUAUUGGUAAUAAAUGAUAUCCUUGAUCUUAGUAAGGUGGAGGCAGGGAUGAUGAAACUGGAGAUGGAACCAUUUUCAGUGCACACAAUGAUUGAAGAUGCGAAUGAGCUACUUUCAACAUUGGCCAUACAAAAAGGUUUAGAACUGAGCUUCAUAGUGGAAGAUGAUGUGCCAGAUGUGAUUUGUGGUGAUCGCAUUCGGUUAAGACAAGUUUUGCUGAAUGUCAUCGGGAAUGCCAUUAAAUUUACAUCUGAUGGUGAAGUUUUCUCACGAUGUUCUGUCCAGCAAUCAGAUGCUGAAAACCGGGAGGUGGUUCUUUUGUUUGAAGUUGUGGACACAGGUCCAGGGUUUGAUUCCGAAGAAGAAUCAGUAAUGUUUAAACCGUUCUCACAAGUGGACACUUCGUCUACGCGAAAAUAUGGCGGUAGUGGACUUGGUCUUGUCAUAUCACGACAAUUGAUUGAAUUGCAUGGUGGCAAAAUGUAUUGUAAAAGUCGAAAAGGAGAAGGAUCAGUUUUUUACUUUUCAGCCAGAUUUAAUGUUCCAAAUGAUUCGACAAGCCCUCGACCUCAAACGCCAACCUCUGAAGUGUCGAAUUCACCUUUUUUCCGAUAUAGCAAAGCUUCAGUAGAAUCUUCUUCCUAUACUAAUAAAGGAGUCCAUAUCGGAUCCGCACAUAAUGAACCUCCGUUAUCGUCUAAUUCGGUUUCUUCGAUGUUCAACAGUUAUUCAUUUCCGGUCUCGCUAAAUGACUCAGGCAGCAAUAAUUCUAGUAAUGGUCGUUCCACUUCACCUUAUCCCAAUACACCCAAAGCAGGAUCAGAGAAUGAAGGAUCAUCUAUUCCAAUGUCCCCACCUAAUUCAUCAAGACCAAUUACGCCCACAAGCGGAAGUGGCUCACGACCCGCAACUCCUACGAUAAAACCCCGCAAACCAAUAUAUAUUGAUUUACCACGUCCAGCUUGCGUUCUAAUAAUAGCCGAAUUACCAUAUGCUAGAAAGACAUUAGAACAUUAUGUUCGUUCAAUUCUACCUAAAACCCCUACUCCCGAAAUAGACAUUUCUAUUGAUUACACAGAUGCAUUCGAAAUAUUAUCACAGUCAGAUGUAAAACAAUAUACCCAUGUAUUUAUUAAUCUUUACUUACAACCUCAUAUAAUAGCACUUGCUGGUGCUAUCAAAAAUUCACCGAAUCUUAUGCAGACGGUUGCCGUAAUAUUGACGACUCCGAUACAACGAGCUGGUGUAAUGGAAGGUGCACAAAAUGAUUUGCCGCCUCGAGUAGAUUUCAUUUUUAAGCCUCUUAAUCGAAGUAAGAUGGAAGGUUUGUUUGAUGAUACCACCACAGUUCGUGAAAAUUUCCUAAAGCGACGAAAUACUCAUCAAAUUGUCGCCAGUCAAAAAGAAAUAUUUAAGCGUAUGGCUGAGGAUGUUGGUGGUCGAGGUCUAAGAGUCUUAUUGGUUGAAGAUAAUUUUGUAAAUCAAAAAGUUAUUAUACGAUAUCUUAACAAAGUAGGACUCGAUGUGUCCGUGGCAAAUAAUGGCGAAAAAUGUUUAGAAAUAUUUUUCGCGCAUCCUCCGGAUUAUUUUGCCUUGAUCUUGUGCGAUUUGUUUAUGCCGGUAAAAGAUGGCUAUCAGACUACAAAAGAAAUCCGUGCUUGGGAAGCGGCAAAUUUGAAUCCAAAUCAACGUCCUAUCCCAAUUAUCGCAAUGAGCGCUAACGUAUUCAGCGAUGUCGCAUCGAAAUGUGAUACCGCGGGAUUCAACACAUAUGUUAGCAAGCCAAUUAAUUUCGCGACAUUAAGUGACGCUAUUAGGAGUGCAUUAGUUAGUAAUGAUAUAGUCACCCAAGACAAUACUACAUCAUCGUCUUCUGUUUCAGCCAAAA